ACUUGUUGGAGACGUAGCACUGAUUUGAACUGAACAAUUUCAAAGCAAAAACAAAUGAAAGCAUCAUGGAAGGAAAGGGUUAAGGAUGUCUGUCCAUUUAGCUGAAAGGGAAAAAUUAAUCAUCCAAAGCUACGUCAUAUUUUGAGAGGAAAGGAAGAUCUGGUAACAGUGAGCUAGGGCUUUAUUUUUGGGACGUUUUUGGAGUUUUAUUGCUGCAAGCUUGGCAGCCAGCAUGCUCUCUUUCCUUACAAGGAGAUUGCCCACAUCAACUUUUCUGGACCACAAACUCUACUACCUACUCCUAAAUGUCUGUUUUUGUGCAACAGCUUGGCCAUCGGCGGACAACUGCCCAAGCUCUCAGUGGAGUGCCAUGUGUCGUCCGUGUUGUGAGUACCAGCUGAUCCAGUGUCGCUGUCCCUCAAAAGGGUCAAGGGUUGGCUACACUGUCCCCUGCUGCCGCAAUGCUCUGGAUGAGUGUGACCCCUGUAUCUUUCACCAAGGCUGCAGUCUGUUUGAGAACUGUAAAGCUUGCCACAAUGGAACAUGGAACAAUGAUGACUUCUUCGUCAAUGGAAAGUAUUGUACAGAGUGUCGCCAAGGCUGGAGCGGAGGGGACUGUAAAACAUGUGGAGGCGUCAUUCAACGGGCCCAGGGUCACAUAGCAAUGGAGAGUUACCCAACAAACACCCGGUGUGAAUGGAGAUUGCAAGUGGAGAGGGACAGCAGCAUCGAGCUGAGGUUUUCACUGCUCGGCCUGGAGUCAGACCAUAACUGUCGUUAUGACUAUGUUGAGGUGCGUGAUGGCAACGAUUUGAGCUCCCCUGUGAUUGGAAGAUUUUGUGGGGAUCAGCUGCCUCCUCCAAUUAAAAGCUCUGGGAACAAUGUGCAUAUCCUGUUCUCUUCAGAUGGCUUCAACAACUUUGAUGGCUUUGUUCUCACAUUUCAGAAAAUUUCAGCCAUCAAGAAUCCAGAGUGUAUAUUUCCAGAGAAACCUGUGAAUGGAUAUUUGCUGCCUUUAUAUGGAUCAAAGGAGGAGCUUGUAUCUGUAGAUUAUCGGUGCCAUCUACCUUUUAAACUGAUAGGCUCCCAGCAGAGGAUCUGUCUGCCUAAUAGCACAUGGAGUGGCACAGUUCCCAUGUGUGUAAAAGGCCAAACAAGCAUAGUCCGGUGUCCCCCUGCCCCUGAAUUGCUCAAUGGCUACCACAGACCUUUUACUGACACAGCUGGAGGUGAAGAGGCCAUUGGGUUUUUCUGUAAAAACUCUUACAUCCUUAUUGGAAACUACCAGAGUACCUGCCUCCCUAAUGGAUCAUGGAGUAGCAGACCUCCCAAGUGUUUGAAAGUAUGUCGGGAGCCCAAAGUGUCAGAACUUGUGCGACAAAGUGUUGUGAAUCCACAUCGGAUAUCAAGUGACAAUCCAGACCAAAGCAUCCCUUUUUCAUCAAGAUACAACAUGCGUAAUUUUUCGUCAGCUGGCUUUAUUCCACUUAAAUCGGAUACACACAAAGACGACACCUCAUUCCUGCAGUUUCCUAGGGGUUUUCACCCAGUGCACACGAGCAUUGAGUACAAGUGUUCCUCCCAGCUAUAUCGCCCCACAGGUAGCACCCGACGCACCUGUCUGAGAUCUGGCAGGUGGAGUGGGCGCCAUAUUUCCUGCUCACCAGUUUGUGGCCAAUUCAACUCUGCAAGUCUACACAACCUCACAGACACGUCAUGGCCAUGGCAUGCAGCCGUCUAUAUCCGCUCACCUGCUGAUCAUACUGGCAGCACCCACAGGCCCCGUGGAGCAGCCACUUCUCUCCAGCAGGGGGCCUCAGAGGAGUCCACAUUCUGGCACCUGGCCUGCAGCGGGGCUCUGCUCACCCAGCGUAGCGUCCUGGUGGCAGCUCGGUGUGUGGUAGACAAGGACAAGCAGCAGAUCCUUCACACAGCACAUGUAAAGGUUGUCAUGGGCCUGCAGUACCAGACAUCCAAGGGUCGUCAGAAAAGCCUGCACCACCUCAGGGUUUCAGAUAUUUUAGUCCAUCCAGAUUUUUCCUCUGCCCCAGAAUCCAAAGUGGCUGUGCUUAAGCUAAGAGACAAGGCCAAGAUCAGUGAGAGUGUGUUGCCAGUGUGUCUUCCCAAAGUGCAAGGUGGAGAGGUGACAACGAGGGAGGCUUACACUUCCAGGUGGAUUUUACCAAACGAUCACCUGAGCGGCAACACUCCCUCGAGCCAGACGAGACUUGUUGAGUUGGCUGAUGUUGCUCAAUGUGAAAGACAAUUUGCCCAAAGAGGAUCCCACACCACAAUGUUCAGUGACAAUAGACUGUGUUUCAUGAGGAAGUCCAGUCCUCAAAGGCCCUGUGCCAGCAUUAUUCCAGGCAUCACAACCAUGCCAGCUGUGUUGACAUCAACAAGUGGUGACUUGCCGGGUCACGAGGAGACUCAGGGAGCUUCAAGCUCUGGCUGGCAGCUUCUUGGUUUAGAGAGUUAUAGCUACAAGGAAGAGAACUGCCACCAACAGACUUACAUGGUUCAAACAAGAAUAGCUAGUUUUCUAGACUGGAUAGAGAAAAAUAUGAAGUAGGUUUGCGCUCUCAAUAUCUCAUGUAGAGCUGAUUUAUCUGCUACCUCUCAGAUGGUCAUUUAUUUCCAGGUAAAGCUCACAGUGGAAAUGGCGGAGCGGACAGUAAAAGCACAACAUUUGGCAACAUGUGUACCUGCUAUCUGUGUCAACAUCAUGAAUAGUGGAACUGUACUCGUAUAUGUGUGCAUGUGAUUGUUAUGGAUUUGGGCCACUUCAAACAACUCAUCAGGAGUUGCUUAAGACAAACACUCACAUGCUCAUGAUGUGUGAAUGUAAUGUGGUGCUGUGUAUUUUUCAGAAUAAAAAUGUAAUAAGACUGGUGUAAAAAUUUAAAGAAAACCAGCAGAUGCCAGAAUAUUAUAAAAUGGAGUUAAAUUAAUUACAUUAUCACUGUCAAUUAAGAAAUGUUCUUAAAUACCUGAUUAUCUUUUAAGCCCUGUCUGAGUCUAGCUAUCUCCAGGCUUUAAUCCAAAGGUGAGUUAACCAUUAGCUGUCAGGUUUUAUUGUUUUUUUAUUUAGCAUUUAUUUGCUAUGGAUUACUUGUGAUAUAUUUCUUAUUUUGCUUUUAAAAUUCACUUACAAUUUUUAUCAUAUAUUAUUCAUAUAAUAUAAAACAACACAAUAUUAUAUGAAAUAAUAUACUAUAAUAAAAACUUGAUACAUUCAAGCCAUUUUAAUAUCCCCAAAAUGCUCCAUCCCUUAUCACUUCUAGCUCCAGGUUCCUGACCUCUGAGUACCCAGGAGAUAAUCAUUUUCCAAGAAGGAUAAGUCAUUAUCUGCCAAGUAGGGCACACAAUGUGCAGACUUGCAUGCAAUUAUCUUCUGCUGAAUUGUUAUUAGACAUAGGGACGUUUUCUAUCCAGUCUGCAUGUGAAAUUGAAACAUUAAAGUGACAUUGACAUAGUUAACAUGCAUUUACAAAGCAACUAUCCUAAUCAGUUCAAAUGUAAUGACUGAUAAUUUCCUUAAUUUGUAUGCAUUUCCGAGUUGUGCAUGUGUGCAUCAGUACACAUAUGGAAAGCAUGUCCUAGCCUGUAUCACAGAACAUACUGUAUGCAGUACCUGUGCGUCUGUGGCGUUUGCAUGUGAAGCUAUGCAUUCGUCUCUCUGUAUACUGUCAAACAUGUGCUGUCAAUCAGAAACACACUGAGAGGAUUUGCUAAACUUAGCCAUUACUCCUGAGACGUACACACCUGCUGUGCUCUCCGCGGCUUUGUGCAGGACACCUUUUAAUCCCAGCCAAUUAAACAAUGAGUAGCUCAGUACUCUUUCUCGAU